AUACAGAAUUCCAGGAGCCAAUCAGCUUUCGCCGCUUUCCUGGGUCGUACCUGUUUAGCUCAACCUGACCGUAGCUCUGCAGAAUAUCGUUAAAAGCAGGAUUAUUUAUUUGAAAAUGUGCUUUUUGGGUUUUCACGCCGACUCAAACUUAAACACUGCUUCCUGUUUCAUCUAGCGGCAGGUACCACUUACAAUUAUGGAGUUUUAAAAAGGUAGUGUGUUUUGAGGGGAAGGGGUCUUUCCCCUCAAACUGAAUGGACUGUUUGAUGGACUUUUCAGGUGGUUUCAGAGUUUGUUGCCUUUUGCACAUUAAGCUAAACUAGAGAACUAUUACAAAGAAAGUAUUUUUGCAAAACUGAGAAUAUAUAUGUUUGUAAAGUUUUGUACAGAAAAGAAAUAGCCAAAUAUUUAUCAGUUAAUGAUGCCACUGAUGCUUUUUCCAGCACUGUGUCGUGUGGGUCACGUUGUUGACAUGGUGGACUGAGGCAAGGUUGACUUUCACCCUGGGGUUGCUAGGGUGCGGUGGAAACCCAACACUUGCACAAUUCUAGCACCCCAAAGUUUGGACAGGGAGCACCCCCCCCCCCCCCCCCCCCCCUUUUUUUUGUGCAUGUAGGUGUAUGGCAAGUUUAGUUUUAUAAUCAGGUUUUCAGUGCAGUUUGCUUAAGUUAUUGUGGCAUACCUGAUUGUUAUUGGGCCUUAUUAGCAGGUAAGACAGUGGUAGAGCAGGGCAGAGUUUUAUUUAGUGGGGGGAAAAGGGUGCAAAAAGGCAUUGUGGGAAAGGGAGUAAGAUGAGUCUGAUAACCCCAGAAUGCACAGCAAAAUGCCAUUCACCACGUCAUGCGGAGGUGAUUGUGGCUGCUCUUACGGGUGGCUCAGAAGGACAGCUAAAGACCUUCCUGUCAACUUACUGCCAUAAUGCUGCCACGCUGAAGGAUGAGUUCGGCCGCACAGCACUCCAUCUUGCUGCUUCAUUGGGAAAACGAGCCUUGCUCGAAUGGCUUCUGGACAGCAAGAAUGCUGACCUGUUGUUGAAGGACAAGGAGUCGGGCUGGACAGCUGUGCACCGCAGUGCAUUCUAUGGACAAAUUCACUGUCUCAUGGCCCUCAUCAAGCGUGGCGGUUCAGUUUCUACCCUGGAUAAGGAGGGACUCUCUGUUCUGGAUCUAACUAUGAAGGACCGCCCAGCUCAUGUUGUCUUUCACAGCAGUGAUCCCACUGAAGUGUACACCUGGGGUAACAAUACCAAUUUUAGCCUUGGACAUGGAAACCAGGAGAGUAGACACAAUCCUGAGAUUGUGGACCUGUUUACCAGAACUGGGGUUUAUAUUAAGCAGGUGGUUGUGUGCAAGUUCCACUCUGUCUUUCUUUCUCAGAAGGGUCAUGUUUACACUUGUGGUCAUGGACAGGGAGGACGUCUUGGACAUGGGGAUGAACAGACCUAUUUGGUUCCCCGUAUGGUGGAGGGGCUGGUCUCCCAUCAUUGCUCACAGGUUGCUGCAGCCAGAGAUCACACGGUGGUUCUAACUGAGGAGGGCUAUGUUUACAGUUUUGGUCUCAACACAUACCACCAGCUGGGCUUGACUCCUCCUGCUGCCAGCCAAGUUCCCAAGCAGGUGACUUCUAAGAGUUUGAAAGGGAAGAAUGUGGUUGGUGUUGCUGCUGGAAGGUUUCACACUGUUCUGUGGACGAGAGAUGCAGUUUACACUGUUGGACUAAACGGCGGACAACUGGGCUAUCUGCUGGACCCAAAUGGGGAGAAGUGUGUGACUGUGCCCCGGCAGGUGUCUGCUCUACACCACAAGGAUGUCGCCAUUGCCAUGGUUGCUGCCAGUAAUGGAGCUACUGUGUGUUUGACGGAGAAAGGGGAUAUCUAUUUGCUCGCUGACUACCAGUGCAAGAAGUUGGCCUCCAAGCAGCUGAACAUCAAGAAGGUUCUUGUAACUGGAGGCACUUUGGACCAUAGGGUAGACCCGCACCUCCUAAAUGAGAGUGGGGGAGAGAAGAUAUCCAUCUUAGCCCUGGAUGAGAUUGGCAGGGUUUUCUGCUGGCGCUCCGUGGGCACUUCUUUGAGACCGUGCAGGUGGGCCUAUGGGCGACAGGUCUUCAUGUCUGAUAUCGCCAUUAGCAAGAACAAAAUGAUGUUCAUCACACUGGAUGGUGAGGGUUUUAGUGGCCAGUGGCUUGGUGAAUACAAGAAGGGUAUGGAUAAAAAAGAUGUGUGCAGUCAUUCUGAGGGUGGAAGUGCGUAUGAGCGCAUCCGGCUGGAAAGGCUACCCUACGUCCACCGAGCCGUCAGCAUUACCAUGGACUCUAAGGGCCGUAACUUUGGGGUGCUCCAGUCUGAUCCCAAAACCAGCAUAUAUGAAGUUCCCACUGUUUCAGCCUCCUUGUUCAUGCAGCACUUUAAGCAGCUCCUGGCUGAAGCCGAUGAGACUGACAGCAUUCAUGAUGUGACCCUUCAGGCCGGUGAUCGUGUCUUUCCAUGUCACAAGUACAUCCUGUCUAUGCGUUCAGAAUUUUUCCGCAAGCAACUCUUACCAGAGGUUGGCCAGGGAGAUGAGGUGGAUGGGGAAGUGAGGAGAAACGUGGAUGCUGUGGGCUGUGACCUUCUGGUGCUGGAAAAGAUCUCUCCUGAUAUGUUAGAACAGGCACUGCACUUCAUCUAUACAGACUCGUGUGAGAUGCUGGUGCAUGGAGCAAGGCCAACAAUCUCAUGCCUCCACAGUGCUCCUGAGCAGGAGCAGCAGCAGCUAAUUUGCAACCUGCAGGAGCUGAAUGUUCGUGGACGAGCUGCUCUGGAGAUCUAUCGAUCCCUGCCUGCCUCAGUUCCCAGCCAGGGAGAAAAGUCAAAGAGCAAAAGUGCCAAAUCUGGGAAGAAGGACAAGGGUGGCAGUGCUAAUGAAUCUAGCCACAAUCCUAUCAAGAUGCUUCAAGGAGUAGCCAAGAAACUGGGCUUGGGUAGUCUCUCUGCAAGGCUUGAUGGAGUAAAGUAUGAAAAUGGGCAAAUCAGCGUGGUGCAAAAGAAGACUGGCAACAGACCAAGAUUCUACCUAAAGAAACUCCCCUACCUCUGUGACGUCACCUUGAGGUCUGAGGAUGGGAAGGAGUUCCCUUGUCACAAAUGCAUUCUGUGUGCCCGACUGGAGUAUUUUAACAGUAUGCUGGGAAAUCCCUGGAUUGAGUCUACUAGCUGUACUGCACUGGAGAUGCCAACUAGUGCCAAGGUCUUGCAGGUCAUUCUGGAGUACAUCUACACAGAUGAGUCUCCCACUAUCAGAGAGUCUCUGAGUGUGGAGUUUACUUGCAGUGUCCUGGUGGUGGCUGAUCAGCUUCUCAUCACUCGGUUGAAGGAGAUAUGUGAAGUGGCAGUCACUGAAAACUUGACUCUGAAGAAUGCUGCAGAGUUACUGGAGUUUGCCGUGAUGUACAAUGCUGAGCAGCUUAAACUCUCCUGCCUGCAGUUUAUUGGUCUCAACAUGGCCGCGUUCCUGGAGUCUAAGGCUCUGGAGAUCUUGAGCGAUGAUGUGUUGUUGGAGCUGUCUAUAGCAUAUAGGAAAAUGAUUCCAGCCAUGCAAAGACGGCAUAUCACUCCUUAUCUUGGUGCCCCUGAUCUGAGUGCUUAUAAAGACAUGAACCUGGAUUCAGUCACCAGCUGUAAGAUCAGUUUUGAACAGGAGCACUCCUGCAACGAUGGUCUGUUGAAGAAAACCAAAGUAAAGGCUAAGAAGAAGCCACGUCGUCGCUUGGAUAGCUCAGGAGGGUACAACCUAUCUGAUGUCAUCCAGAGUUCACCCACUGAUGCCAUUCAGAGCCCACCCUCCAUAGGUUUGGUAGACUCCAGGAAAGCUUGCUCCGUGGAAUCUCUGCAUGAGUUGAUCACAUCUGAUUCUGAGGGCAGUUAUAUUGGAGUGGGCAGCCCUCGAGACCUUCAGUCACCAGUCUUUCAGGACAGAGCUUAUGAAGAAAAGUUAGGGCAUGUUGGCUGGAAAACUCCUCCCAGCACUCCAACCUGGAGGAAAGGAUCUUUGCCUGUCAAGUGCUCCACACCUGAACCCAUCCCCAGGGUUCAAGCGAGUCCGUCUCGCCCGGCACCUGUUCUGGAUCUCAGGGCCAUUAUGGAGAUGGAGGCCAACUCUCUGAACCUUGGAGCCACUCCAAAAAGCCCUGGCUCGUCUGGAAACAGCAGUAAACCCACAGUCAUCCCCACUAAACUGUCUCAGAAGCAGAGGAAGAUGAUGGCCAUGGCUACCAGAGAGGCCAGUAUUGAUGGGGUGUCUGCCAAAUCUCCCCCUGGAGUCGCUUCAGUUAAGCCUGCAAAGGGCUGGGCAACAGCGGCGCAGUCCUCUCCUUCAUCACUGUCUUUCCGGGAUUUGCUAAUAGAGGAGGCGCAACGUGAUAAAUCAUCAGCAACUGCUGCCAUGGCUGCCGGGAGAUCAGCAAGUACUGUUGGCAUGGCCACUUGUGCCAAAAGAGUGACCUUUAAGUGUGCUGAGCCUGGCAAUGCUGGCAAACCUGCAGGGCCAUGGGUGCUUGGACAAGUGGGCAGCCCACCAGCUCCUGCUGCAGUCACUUUUGCAUCCAUUGUUGAAGAGGAAAAGCAGCAGGAAGCUGCACUCAUCCGCAGUCGAGAGAAGCCUCUGGCAUUGAUACAGGUUUACCAUCCAAACGAGAUCACAUGGGAUUACCUUUCACAGAUUGAGGAGCGAGCAAUUCAGGACUUACUGGUUCAUUACAGAGCUUUCAACAACCCUGAUGAGCUCAUCAUGGUGGAAAGAUCCCCCCAAGGCCCUAUUGCCGUCCCUACCUGGAACAAACAUUCAAAUUAGUACACCCAUUGCCUAUCUCUUAAAUAUCUCCUACGUACUUUUGUGUGUUCUGGUCAAUGUUGACCUGUACCUUGGUUGUGUAACUGUAUCAGUAGUUUGUUCCCCCCACUCCCUUAUUUUGCGUUCAUGUUAGGAAUAUCUCAGUGCUUCAUAUAUUUGCUGUUAAUUAUUAAAUCUUAAGAGGGGUUUACAGUGAAGAAGAACUGAAGUUCAUAAGUCAUUGCCAUGGAAUUUUGGACGAUAAAUUUGGAGAAAGAAAAAUUGUGCCCCCGUAUGGUCCCUUCUGAUUUGUCACAAUUUACAAAGGUAUUGUGUGUUUUGUUAGUAGAAAUUACCUUUUUUUUUUUUUUUCUUGCUUAUGACCACAGUUAGAAGAAAUGGACACUACACUUGAAGUCCAGAGUUGUUAGAAGACAGAGUGAAUGUUAACAGAAGCCUUUCUAGAGUCUGUGUUUUUUUUUCUUCAAUGAUAAUUAUGGGGAAGUUUAUUCUGCAAGUGGCAUGCAAUAAAUAAAUAACUCCUGCACCAUUA